UCCCUUCUCAUUCCCACGGCCUUCUGGUUUUAGGGUUUGCACAUCUCUUCUUUUUCAUUUGCACGUUGAAAACAGCAGCAAAAAUGGUUCUGAAGAAGCAAAACAAAGCACAAAAGAAGCUUGAUUAUGACAAGAAACUGUGCCGUUUACUCGAUGAGUACUCACAGAUUCUUAUAGUGGCCGCUGAUAAUGUCGGCUCUAACCAGCUCCAGAGUAUUCGGAGUGGCUUGAGAGGUGAUUCCGUCGUUUUGAUGGGUAAAAACACUAUGAUGAAACGUUCUGUUAGGAUUCAUGCUGACAAUACCGGCAAUUCUGCCCUCACUAAUCUCAUUCCUUUGCUCGUUGGCAAUGUGGGAUUGAUCUUUACCAAGGGUGAUCUGAAGGAAGUGAGAGAAGAGAUUGCUAAAUACAAGGUGGGAGCUCCUGCUCGUGUUGGCCUUGUUGCUCCAAUUGAUGUUGUUGUCCCACCUGGGAACACUGGAUUGGAUCCUUCCCAGACAUCUUUCUUUCAGGUGCUGAAUAUCCCAACCAAGAUUAACAAAGGAACUGUAGAAAUCAUUACUCCUGUGGAUCUCAUUAAGAAGGGUGAGAAGGUGGGCUCAUCAGAGUCUGCGCUUCUCUCAAAACUGGGCAUACGACCAUUUUCAUAUGGCCUUAUUGUCGUUUCUGUUUAUGACAAUGGAUCGGUUUUCACCCCUGAGGUGCUUGAUCUCACAGAAGAUGAUCUUGUAGCUAAGUUUGCAUCUGGUUUAUCCAUGGUUGCGGCUCUUUCAUUGGCUGUUUCGUUCCCAACGCUUGCUGCCGCACCUCACAUGUUUGUGAAUGCGUACAAGAAUGUCUUGGCUAUUGCAGUCGCAACAGAAUACUCCUACCCAGAGGCAGAGAAAGUGAAAGAAUUCCUCAAGGAUCCAAGCAAAUUUGCAGCUCUUUUAGCUCCUGUUGCAGCUGCUGCUUCGGGCUCUGCUGCCCCAGCUGCUGCUGCAGCAAAGGUGGAAGAGAAAGUAGAACCAGAAGAGGAAUCUGAGGAUGAUAUGGUCUCUGGUUUGUUUGACUGAGUUAAAAAUGAUGUUGCUCUUUCAAAUGUUAGUUAGUUCAUGCAGUUAUCCAAUUAGAUGGUGUCUUUUUUAUUUUGAGUUUUAUGUUUUGGAAAUUGAAUGCUUUGGAUCGUAUCAUGUUAUAAGUAUGUCAUGGCAUAUUUCUUUUUUUGCA